AUGUCGGCCAAACUCUUGAGCAACUUCAACAGAUCCAUCUCAGAGCUCAGGAAGAUAUGCAAGAUCUGGGUGACCGCACAGCCAGGAUGGAAACCCGAAUGGGCGAGUAAGCAGAGGCCCACAUCGACAUGGUGAACCAUGUGCAAAAACUCAAACAGCAACAAGAACAGUAUCAAUUGAGGAGGAGGACGUAAAACAGCGUGAUUUGGUGGAGUACUUAACAGGCCUCUUCAAAGCUCUGACCUUUUCCACAGACAUGCUGCUAAUUGAUAGAGUGCACAGAGUGGCUAAAUCACAAUUACUACUGGCGGAAGAACCAAGGGACGUGCUGGCAAGGCUCUACUACUCUCAUUUUAAAGAAGCCAUCAUGCAUGCAUCCAGAUCACAAGAAGGCUUACAAGACCGGCCUAUACAACUCUACUUAGACCUGUCGGCUUUAACAUUACAGAAACACAGGGAAUACAAAGACAUAAUGGAUGCACUCAGAGCGCGAAGACUGUCAUACCAAUGGGGACACCCGGUACAUUUACUCAUUCGUAAGAACUGGACAAUCACAACCAUAACAUCGCUGGAGGGGGGCAGGAAAGCUCUGAGAAAUUAGGGUAUAACUCUGGAGCAUCUGACAGAGGAAAACACGUUGCGCCAAGAAGAGUGGAAGAAGCCAAGAAAGUGAUCCAAGAACACACCAGCUUAAAAGAAGACAGAGAUGACUAAGGGUUUGCUUACACAGUAACAAACAGAGAGUAACAUAGGCCUUAGGUAAAACAUAGUUAUUAUUCAGUUAUGUUGUGUUAGAGUCAAAUUGUCUGACUAGAAAAAAACAACGGUCCUAGACCUAUUUGAAUUUUGGGUCUGGAUUUAGAACUAUCGGGGAAUGUAGAAAAAGUCUUAAUACAAGGAGCCAAUAUACCUAAAACCUUAAUGGCAAAUACAGCUACAUGAAUAAGGCGGAGGGUAAUGUUCAAAGAUGGUUGAAAUGUGUUAAAUGCCUAUUGAUUUGACAAGCAACACUGGUUGAGUAUAUUUCGGUUGUAGUUGCCCCCACAUGAGUCCAAAUGCAGGAUACCUCCCAUACACGUCACCCAAAAUACUGUCAGGCAGACCAACAAAGGCUGAUUACUAGGGUACAGUACAAGAUAUUACCUGUCAAGCUUAUAAUCGGGUCAGGCCAAACCCAUGAUAGAAGAUGUCCAGAAUCAUACCACGCUCCCACACGGUCCCAUAGUAUGGUAACCAGGCCCAGACCUGGGAAUUAGUAGUUUUGACUACGGGUAUGUUUCCCCCUAGUUAUCCCCCCGCACCCACAACCCCCCUCACCACGGUAGGCCAAUCCACAGACGGAUACGAGCUCAGGUUGCAGUAUACAAAAUGCGCUCAUAGAGACCCCUCUGAGUUAUCAGCACUUGCACAACAAAUAACUCAGAGAUAGGGCAGAGCAAAAAGGGAAAUAUGUAGACAAGACAAGUAGCAAUUAUACACUACAAUCACAAUAUGAAAGUUUACUUACAUAAUGUAAAAGGGCUAAAUACUCCAUAUAAGAGACAUUGCCUAUUUAGGGAUUUGAAACGAGACCAAGCAGAGAUAGUAUGCCUUCAAGAAAUGCAUCUUAAAACCGCCCCAUCCAUAAAGCUUGAUCUCUACCCACACUAAUAUCACGCUGUCACAGGGCACAAAUCUAAGGGAGUGUCAAUCCUGGUUAGCAAUAAAGUGGCCUAAACGCAUCACGACUCCUAUAUAGAUCCCAUGGGCAGAUAUAUAAUUCUAGUAUGUACUUUAAACAAUGUACUAUUUACCAGAGUCACCACCUAUGCACCAAACAGGGACCAGCGAAACUUCCUACACAAUUUACUCGCAAAGGUAUCGCCAAUCCAGAGGGGAAGAACUACUAUUGGCACAUAUAUUGGUCAUCACACUGCCCAAACCAACCAACACACUGCCCAAACUUUCACCCAAUAUCACUUCUGAACACAGAUGCCAAGCUAUAUGCCAAGGUCCAUGCACAUAGGUUAAACCGAAUACUACCUCAUCUGAUACACAACAAUCAGGUGGGAUUUGUGGUGGGGAGACAGGGGUCACACAACACACGUAAAGUACUAGAUCUGGUGCACAGCGUGAGAAGAAUGGGGUGAGGGGCCUUCUGGUGUAACUAGAUGCAGAGAAGUCCUUCGACCGACUUAGUUGGACAUUUCUCUGGUCUGCGCUCCAAAAAUUCAACUUCCUAGACCACUUCAUAAGAGUUAUCGAAGCCCUAUAUAGCCAUCAAUCUGCCAGGGUGGUGAAUGCGAGGUUCUGCUUUGACCCCUUCACAAUAGCUAACGGGAAGAGACAAGGAAGCCUGCAAUCACUUUUACUAUAUGUUCUAGCCCUUGAGCCACUAGCAGCUAAAAUCAGGAGCGAACUACCUAUAAAGGGAGCCACGAUAGGUACAAAUGAAUACAAACUAAGCCUAUUUGCAGACGACGUCUUCAUCACAUUAACCGAACCACACAUAUCUAUGCCUAAUCUCAUGAAACGCAGAGCAGUAUGGAAAAUACUCAUACUACAAACUGAAUAUAACAAAGAAACAAGCCAUGGGUAUAAACAUACCCAUACAGCAAAUGUAACUCCUACAAGAGAAGUUCCCUCUGGACUGGCGCACAGACUUUCUGACCUUUUUAGGUCUCAAGAUCACAAAAAACCCGGCCACUUUGUUCAAGACCAACUACAUGAGCAGCCUCACAAGCUUUAAAGCUACACUGCAAGUAUGGGAGGGGAAGUUCAUAUCAUGGGUGGGACACAUAGCUGCCUUAAAAAUGUUGCUUCUGCCCAAAUUACAAUAUCUAUACAGAUCCCUACACAUUUAAGUACCCCGGAGCUUUCUGGCCACGGUACAAAACAUGUUCCUGUGAUUUGCGUGGCAGAAAACAAAAAUAAGAAUAACCUACAAAGGAACAUAACUAAGGGGGGCUAGGCUUCCCAGAUGUACAAGCUUACUACAAUGCAGCAAUUCUCAACACCAUAGCACAACUCACAUCAACGACCAACCCGCCUCAAUGGGUCAUGAUUGAGUCUCAUUGGGCAUGCCCGAAAGAGCUACACACAUGCCUUUGGACACUAGAGAAAUGCAAACCUCCCACACUUCAUCUAAUCCCCACAUCCCAGCUGUUGCUGGAGAUAUGGGACUCAGUUAAGCAAAGCAUGACAACAUACCACCCAAUACCACUAGCGACUCCAUUGGAAGUAAUGGCUAGAAUGAGCCCCAUGCUGGACAAACACAUAUGGUUAGAACAUGGCAUAAAAUACAUAGUAUAACUAUAUGAUAAAGGGGAGAUAAUGAAGUUCCCAACAUUACAAAGCAGGCACAACCUCCCAAGCCGCAUGUUGUUACCUUACCUCCAACUUAAAUAUUGCUUUGCAAGCACACGACCAACAACUCAUAGAAUUGAAACACACCGAAUGCUCUCUGUAUUUGACAAGAUAUGCACAAACGUUAAACCCCGAAAAAAGGUGAUCUCUGUAUGCUAUCGCCAACUGUUACAUAACCACGACAAAGUAAAGGACACAUAUAAGCUUGUAUGGCACAGGGAGAUAGCCCGCCAUAUAGAGAAGUAGCUUAAAGCGUACCCCUCUCACAAAGGAGUUACAUCAUGCACAAAUCCAUCUAGAACUACAAAGGAAAAUACAAUACCGCUGGUACUUCAUACCAGAUAAAAUACACAAAAUAUGGCCCCAAUAAUCAACUAACAAGUGCUGGAGGUGUGAGACACAGGUGGGGACAAUGCUACACACAUGAUGGUCGUGCAAAUCUUUGCAGCCCUUCUGGCACAAAGUUCACAGACUAAAAGAGCAAGUAACCAAUACUAACAUAGAUCUUAAGGUGGAAACAUGUCUCCUAUUUAUACCACCAGAGGGGAUGAAUAGAGUUCAAUGGGCAGCCACCUAUUACAUUCUAAUCUCAGCAGCUACGGUGAUCUCUAGAUUGUGGAAAACACCCACUGCACCACACUUUAACAACCUCCUUAAUCAAAUCAAUACUAACUGGAAGUAAGAGACUAUGUUCUCGAGCCAAAUCGGUGCAAGGAAAACCAUAACUAAAGCUAAUAUGAUGUGGAAAGAGUACUGGUCAAACCUAAAAGUGGGCAACAAUAGCAUUACCCCAUAAUCCCCUAUAACAAGUAAUGAACCUGAGGGAAACAUCCAUAGAUGAAGAACUAAUCCGUAAGCAGAGAGCCAACCCAACAAUAUACCACCAUACAAUCAUGAGCACGCGCAAGCAAUAGACCGAGGCCAAAGCCUCAUACAAUAGCACAGAUAACUACAGAACAUAAGAUACCACGAACACCACAAGAGAUCCUAAGCAACUACUGUAUUAAUAUAGGCAGGAGGAAUUGGUGUUAAAGCAUAUAUGAUAAUAGACAAAGUGGUUGCAAAAUACGCUAAAUUAUGUUAUGCCACAGUAUGUAUGAUGUGCUAAGCUAUGUAAAGACCACAAUGUAUUUGCAUGUUAUCACAUCUGUAUAAAUAAAAUGCAAUGCUCUUGUUUUAAAUUACAUUUAAGUUGUGUAAAUUGUUAUAUGUAAGUCAUCUAAAAUUUCUCAAAACAGUCCCUUUUUGACCACUUGCAAUUCUGAGAAGUAUGAUGAGCCCAGUUACAUUGUCUUUUGUCCAGUGAAAUGAAGAGGAGAUCGCUCCACACAGACAGCCAGAACUUGCAAAGCCCAGCUCUCCCAUAUCCAUUAAUACUUUCAAGUUCUGAUAUGAGGAUUAGACAUUUUGAUAUUAAGGAAUACUCCACAUGUCUAAAGCACUUGAGCUAGCCGAGGGGUGUAGGAUGCAAUCUAGGAGGAUACAUUCCCUGACUACUUCAUGCCCCAAGUAGGAGCCACAAAGCUGUAAAGAGGUAAAUAAAAACUAUUUCAUUUUUAUGGCACAAAGGGGGCAUACAGAGCUCUUUUGCUAGAGACAGAAACAAUAAUGCAUUAGGAGUACAGGUUUGUAUUCCUAAUGCUUUAGUGUUCCUUUAAAGAGACAAAUCCCAGGGGUACAACAUAGCCCUCUACCACUUUAAUGUGUUCUACUGGCAUCAGCUAUGAAUAAGGUGCUAAUCUGGCUAAAAUGUGCAUUAGAGUGCUUUCAGUUCCCAGAGGGGAUAUAGGUUAGUUUUGACCUUAUAACUAUAUUAGUGGCAUUCUAAGUAAUCAGUAUGUAUAUUCCCUGCAAACCAAAGUCUGAAUUCUUGCUCCUUCUGAUGCUUCUGUAUCUUUCACGGGGGAUUUAACCCCUAAAUUCACUCACAAGAGCCAUUCCUCCCUGUAACGGUCCACAUUUGCUUUCUGUUUUCAUGAAUGGUUAACUACUGAUUGGCUUAGAGCAGGGGUGCCCAAAAGGUAGCUCCCCAGAGGCGUAACUAGAAACUACCGGGCCCUGGUGCAAAAAUUGCCCUGGAGCCCCCCAAUGUGUCUCAUUCUGCCCCCUAGCUCCUCCAUGUGUCUCAUUUACUAACUCCACCAUCCCCUCCUUGUGUCUCAUUCCCUAGCCCCCCAAGUGUCUCUCACCCCUAGCCCCCCCCAGCCCCUCCAUGUCUCUCUCUCCCCUUGCCCUCUCUCAUGUGUUUCUCUCUCCCAUAGCACCCCAUGUGUCUCUCUCCCCUAGCCAAUCCAUAUGUCUCUUCCCCUAGCCUCCAGUGUCUCUCUCCCCUAGACCCCCUCAGCCCCAACAUAUGUCUCCCUCCCCUAGGCCCCAGUGUCUCUCUCCCCUAACCCCCAGCCCCAACAUGUGUCUCUCUCCCCUAGCCCCCCCAGCCCCAACAUGUGUCUCUCUCCCUUACCCCCCAGCUCCAACAUGUGUCUCUCUCCCUUACCCCCCAGCUCCAACAUGUGUCUCUCUCCUCUAGCCCCCUCACCCCCAUGUGUCUCUCUCUUCCAGCCCUCUCACCUCCACGUGUCUCUCUCCCCUAGCAACCCUCUAUGUGUUUUCUCAUAUAACCCCCCUCCAUGUGUCGCUCUCCCCUAGCCCCCCCAUUAGAAACAUGGAAUGUGACGGCAGAUAAGAACCAUUUGGCCCAUUAGUCCAAUUACUUCCCUCCCUCCUGUACCUGUUCAUGGCUGCUGUGGUACACAUCUGACAGGAGGUGCUCUCUCUUACAGCAAAAGCCUGCAGAGACUCACUAUACUCACCAACUGUAUUAAACUGCAGUUGUUCAGGAGACUAUAGUGUCCCUUUAAGUUGAUUCAGUAUCACACAUUGCAGUAUUACUUUUAAACACUUCAUAGCAAAAGCAAAAGGUAAUGCAAGUCUAUCUCAGUAAGGUUACCGUAUUCAAUUCAGUGAGGUUAUUUAGAGAGAAUUACUGUCAAUAUAUGCAUGUUCAAUCCAUACACACAUCGAUACUUUUUGGUGCUUCUACUAUCAAGGACAAGAACUUGUAUCUUGCAGGACCAAUAACUAAUUUUAUUAAAGACACGGAGGCUCAUAUUAUGCAUAACUCUUUCUUUAUUUCCUCAGCAGCAAAGAUAGAGGAAUAUAAAUAUUAUCAAAUUGAAAGCAAAAAACUGUAUAAGUACACAGGCAACCAAUAGCAUAACAUAGGAAGUGGCUAUAUAAGGCCUGUGUCUCCCACAAUCCCCCUCUUUCUUUGCUGCUUCCUCAGACAGCUAAGUACCAUUAUUGAGCUCUCUACUCAUUGCAUUUUAUUGGUAUUAUUUGUUGUGUAUUCUGGUUUUGCUUCAUGCUCAUUAUUAUUUUUUAUUAUUUAUUGUUUAUUUGCUUGUCUUUUACUCUUGUUGCCUGGAUCGUUGGUGUAUUUGGGGACCCCCCUGGGGCGUUUUGCCCGCUGCCGCGGGCUCUCUCUCUUCCCCUCCCUCCCGCCCCUAUCUCUAACCGAGCGCUUCCCAGCGCUGCCCUCUGCCGCGGCGGUUUCUCUCGGCACCGCGGCUGAGUGUGCUCGUUUUUUCCCUUUCACAGGCUACCCGCGCGGGUAGGUGCGCGCGCGCCCCUUCCCCCGCCGGGGGCCUGUACACGUGUGCACGUUUUUUCUUAGACGGCGGCCAUUUUGGGUGAUCGCUACGCAUCGCUCAGUAUCCUGCCGUGCGGUCUGUUCUCUCUGGGUCUCCCUGCUACACCAGCGAUCAGGUCCUUUGUGUUGUUGCUGGGUUAAUCAACCCACUUAUUUAGUUUUCACCUUUAUUGUUCAGUGCCGUUUUUCUAGUGUCUCUGCCAUUAUGCAGGAUAGGGAGGAUGGGCCUACUGAUCCCUCUGGGGAUUUUCCUAAUGUUAACCCUGAGGGUGCUAUGGCAUCUCAGGAGUUUCAAGCCUUAUUAGAGGCCACUAUGGCUUCCUCCCUUCAGAAGGCUAUUGCCUCAGCUAUGGGGGCUGUCUCCUCCUCCUUUACCCAGUCUCUACAAUCUGGGUUUUUGCCUUCCACGGCUACCCCUGCCCCCCUGGGUGUGGGGUCCCCUUCUCCUGCCCAUACUGUGCCGGGUGCCCGUAAGGCGAAGGAUAAAUCUCGUCAUAUCGGUUCCCACUCCUCGAUGCAGGUUUUGCCUGCCAUGAAUGACUCGCCUCUGGCGGUCACAGAUAGCGCGCAUCCCACGCGCACAAGAGCCCCUGGCCGGGCUAAAAAGGCUAGAUUGUGGAAACGGGCUAGAGCCCUGGAUGAUGAGUCGGAUUCCGACCGGAGUGUGGAAAAUGAAUCCGAUUUUAUGGAGUACGACUCCUUUGUUGAUGACGAGUCGGGAGAGGACAUACCCCCUACGGGGGUUCCCCCUUCUGGGUCCUCUGCCAACCCCCGAGGUAAGGUCACUGGCCCCGCUGGGGACAAUAAAGCCCUGCUAGACCCACAGGGUAACCCCAUAUUUGACCCGGACGACCUCCGUCACCCGCGGUCUGCCGAAUGGGUCCCUCCGGACCACAUCGCCCAAUAUGUGGCUAAGCGGAUUCGCACGCCCCUAUCCAAAGAAGGCCGCAAUAAGCUGCGCGCCGAGUGCCCACGGCCUUCUCUCCCUGGCGCUGCCUGCAAGACCCCAGAAAUCGACCCACAAAUUGCCCAAUUUUUAAAUAAAUCUGGCUGGAAACCUAAGAAGGGUCUUGAUCAUUCCCUGAAGGGAUGCCAGGAUAGGAUCCUGGAUACGCUGGGCCCCCUGUCGAAGCUGUACGAGCUUCUUGAUGCCGCUAGAUCAGGGGAAUCUGUUUUGGAUGUGGAUGUGGCCAUCGGGUGGGUCCAACGGGCUAUAUGCCUUCUGGGUAACGCCAACACGGCGGUGUCCUCCGAGAGGCGCAAGGCCAUUCUACUAAAAAUUGACCCUAAAUUGGCCGCUAUGUCUGUGGCGGAGCCUGAUUCGGCUGAUGAAGGUCUGUUGUUUGGCACAUCCUUCGUGAAGGACAUGGGGUCAUAUGUCAAGACCUUUACGGCUAUUGACAAGGCGCAGGCAAAUAUGAAGCGCGUCUUCGCGCCCAAGGUUUUCGGAGGGGCCGGGCGUAGCAGGAACCGUCCUCCCGGCCGUGGUUUCCGAGGCUCGUUCCGUGCCUCCAGAGGUUCCUUUUUUCCUUCCAGAGGGUUCCAGGACCCGAAAACUCCUUCCUUCUUCCCGGCAAGGGGGAGAUCGUGGGGCUCCAGAUACCCCCGUGGUGGAACUUCGGGCAGACGCCCUUAUGGUGAGUACCCUUUCUUCCCCUCUCGAUCAGGUUCGGGUGGCGGGGAGGCUGGCCUUAUUCUACCUAAGGUGGGCAGAUAUAACUGCGGAUGCUUGGGUUUUGCAAUGCGUAAAGGGUUAUCACCUAGAGUUUGUUUCCCUGCCUGUUCAAAUUUCUGUUCCCAGGGAGUUGUCUCUCCCACCGGAACAGGACGCGAUGAUCUCCGCGGAGGUCGAGGAGAUGUUUUCAAAGGGUGCCAUAGAAGAAUUGCCGUUCGCCGCCCCAGGCUUUACGAGCAAUCUCUUCUUAGUACCCAAGAAAGGGGGCGGUGUCCGCCCGGUUAUAAAUCUUCGCCCUCUCAACGCGUUCCUGCGCUACCAACACUUUCAGAUGGAGGGCAUCCAUUGUCUCAGGGAUCUGCUGCGGCAGUCAGAUUGGAUGGCCAAAUUGGACCUGAAGGACGCGUACUUCACGGUUCCAAUAGCGGUGGAAUCCAGGGACUACCUGCAUUUCACCUGGCACGGACGGCGUUGGCGUUUUACAUGCCUGCCGUUCGGUCUCUCCUCGGCCCCUUGGUGUUUCACCAAGGUGAUGAAGCCGGUGGUGGCGUACCUCCGUACCAGAGGGGUUCGCCUCAUUAUUUACCUGGACGACAUUUUAAUUAUGUCCCAAUCGAAAGAAUGCCUGGAGUUGCAUCUGAGCUGGACUAUCAACCUUUUGCAGAAUCUAGGUUUUCUAAUCAACUGGGACAAGUCGGUCAUGACCCCCGCCCAGUCGAUGGAGUUUUUGGGGUUUCAGGUGGAUUCCAUACGGCAAUUCCUCUACUUGCCGGAAUCAAAGAUGAAGGCCAUUCAGAAAGAGCUCCGGCGAGCUCUCCGGGCCUCAGAUCUCUCGAUACGUCAGUUGGCGAGGAUCAUCGGCCUACUGGCAUCCUCCAUUCAAGCGAUAUUCCCUGGCCCGUUGCAUUAUCGAGCCCUGCAGCGGCUCAAGGGGUCACACCUUCGUUCGGGCCACUCUUACGAAUCACGGAUUCGUUUGGACGAGGAAUCCAGGGAGGAGAUAGCCUGGUGGCUAGCCCACAUGGAGGCCUGGAAUGGAAGGGCAAUUUUCGGUUCCCUUCCGGACGUAGUCAUAGAAUCGGACGCCAGCUUAUACGGCUGGGGCGCUCGUUGUGGCAACGCCUCCACGGGAGGCAGAUGGUCCGACGCAGAGAAGUCGUUACACAUCAAUUGCCUGGAGCUCCUGGCAGGAGCCUUUGCAAUCCGCAGCCUUACCCCGGGACGGGCAAACUGUUGCGUUCUCCUCAAGCUGGACAACGUAUCAGCGGUCCGAUACAUCAAUCACCUGGGUGGCACCAAAUCCAAGAUGUUGGCUCUUCUGGCGAAAGAGUUUUGGCAAUUCUGCCUUUACAACAACGUCUCUGUGACGGCGGAGCAUAUUCCGGGUCUGGACAAUUCGACUGCGGAUUGGAAUUCCAGACAUUUAAGAGACUCGGGAGACCUAGAAGGUCUAUGGGGUCGUUUCGAGAUGGACCUGUUCGCCUCUCGGCUGAACGCUCAGGUACCGAAAUUCUACAGUUGGAGGCCAGAUCCGGCGGCAGUGGCGACGGAUGCCUUUCUUCAAGAAUGGCCCCCGGGUCGCCUCUAUGCCUUUCCUCCGUUCAACAUGAUUGCUCGCACACUCUCCAAAAUGGUUCACCACGACUGUUGUCUGGUUCUGAUCACUCCCCUGUGGAGAUCCCGUCCGUGGUUCCCUCGACUGAUGGAGUUGUCGAUAGACUUCCCACGGUUGUUGCCGAACUUCCCGGAUCUCCUCCUGGAUCCGGAUGGGAACUCGCACGAACUGGUGAUGCGGCACCAGUUGCCCCUGGUGGCUUGGUUCCUUUCAGGGGACGCUGGAUUGUCCCUAACGUUCCACAGACAACUCUCUUGCUCCUCGAUAACGCGUGGGCCCCGGGCACACGAUCAGCUUAUCGGGCAGCAUGGAAGUCUUGGUCGGGUUGGUGCAUGGAACGGGCAAUGGAUCCCGUAUCUGCCCCUCUCCAUUUGAUCCUGGAAUUUCUCACGUUCCUGUUCGAUUCGGGCAAGGCGUACAGGACUAUCAAUCUUUUUCGCUCGGCCAUUUCUGCCGGACACGAUGGUUUAGAAGGCACACCCGUCGGUAGGCAUCCUUUUAUAUGUCGCCUUCUUAGAGGUAUUCGCCUCGCCCGUCCACCCCGGUCGCGUUUUUCGGCCUUUUGGGACGUCAACAUUAUGUUGCAGUUCCUAUCGGCUUGGUACCCUAACCAAGCAUUGACUCUCAAACAGCUGUCAUCCAAACUGGUUAUGCUGCUUUGUCUUAUCUCUUGUAAGAGAGUUUCCGAUGUCAGGGCCCUGGAUUGGGGUGCCAUCGUGUUUACUCCUGAGGGUGUUACUUUCAACAUCUCUAGGAGGACUAAGUCGGCAUCCAAAUCCUUCGUGUACCCUAGGUUCUCAGGGUGCCCGGCACUCUGUCCGGUGGAUUGUCUUAGGGCUUAUCUGGAUGCUACAAGAACGUUUCGUUCUUCUGAUCGUCAUCCCCUAUUCAUUUCCUUUAAGGCACCUCAUCAACCGGUGUCGACUCCGACGCUAGCGCGUUGGAUUCGUUGGCUUUUAUCCCUAGCGGGUAUAGACACUUCUACCUUUAUGCCUCACUCCGUGAGGGGUGCCAUGGCCUCGAAGGCAUCUUUAGUGGGUUGCCGUCUGGAGGACAUCAUGCGAGCUGCAGACUGGUCUCGUGAGUCCACCUUCCGAGACUUCUAUUUCAGACCAAUUGAACACAUCGCAUCUCAGAUAGUAGCACAGCUUUGAACUUGCAUAAUAUGAGCCUCCGUGUCUUUAAUAAAAUUCCUAGAUUUUACUAGUAUCAUGACGUAAAGUCAUGAUUUUAUUAAAGACACGGAGGCGAGUAUUAUUCCCUCCCACCCUCCCGGUGUGGGGGUUUGCGAGGGAGAUGCGCUUUUUUGGAUUUUUCCAGGUAUGUUACAUUUUGGUCCUCUUAUUUGUCUUGACUUUCGUUUGAAGUAUAUAACUGCUUGAUGUCAAUCAUAUGUUGUAAUUUCAGAUUUCGUUUCAGUUUCAUGAAUGACCAACAGUUCUGACUGGUAAGCAAACAGUUUGGGUUUAGUUAUUACCAUAUUUCUCUCUCUCUUUUAGCUUGAAGUUGUUGAAGCGCUUCCGUUCCUGUUUCUGACCAUGUGGGAUAUCGUUUCGUCUUAGCUGGUCCUCGGUUUUCGCAAGAAAGAGGGGGAUUGUGGGAGACACAGGCCUUAUAUAGCCACUUCCUAUGUUAUGCUAUUGGUUGCCUGUGUACUUAUACAGUUUUUUGCUUUCAAUUUGAUAAUAUUUAUAUUCCUCUAUCUUUGCUGCUGAGGAAAUAAAGAAAGAGUUAUGCAUAAUACUCGCCUCCGUGUCUUUAAUAAAAUCAUGACUUUACGUCAUGAUACUAGUAAAAUCUAGGAAUUUUCUUUUACAAUAAAAUUACUUGUUCCAUUAUUUCAAUUAAAGGAACACUAAGCAGGGCUUACUAAGAGCAAUCUACGGCUAGCAGCAAAGUAGCUCAGAGGAGGUGGGGAGGAGUGUUUGACACACUCCAGGUAAGUAGACAAACCUACGGUUCGGUGGUUUUGGUGUCUGCUGCAGUGCUUGGAGUCCUCAGGAAGUGCUAGGAGCAUCCUUCAACGGAGGUACCCAGUCGGGGUGCCAGGUGAUCCGUUACACAAACCAUUCUGAAAUAGUUUACUACUGAAAGGAGGGUGGGGGGACCAAAACAUUGGUGUUUAGAGGGUUUCUUUAAUGCCUAAAUACUUCAUUAAAAUCUAUCUACACGUAUAUGGUAUUACACGUAUAUGGUAUUACAGAUAUAAUUUUGUUUUAUAUAUAUAUACACACACACACAAAAUCCUUUUUGUUUUUGUGUUGGUUUGUAUCUAUAAGCAGAUCUUGCAGUGUACAAAGCAGCAGCAAUAAUCCUUAACUAAAUAACUUCGGAAUGUUUGUUUAGCACAAUCAUAAAAACAGUAUUUCUGAAAUAUUGAGGAUAUUACUAAGAAGUUUGGUGUAGCAAGAAAUGUAGUGCUUGGUAUAUAUUAAGGGCAUUCACUGCUGUGUCCUGCAGUAAAUGGGAGGCUUCCUGAAUCCUUAACAAAACAAGCUUGGCAUGCUGUGACAUCUUGGUCUGUCAGUAACAAUUAUCUUAAUCUUCCGCAGCUUUUCAGAAUCAGGAGCCCGGCUUAGCAGCAGGGCAUACAAGAAUGCUUUCUUUAUGCAUGGCAUGUGCACCGGAGAAUUGAAAUUAGGGUCUUGCCUUCUGCCAAAAAAAAAAAAGAAGAAAGGGAAAUGUUUAGCUCGUCUGCCUGAGGAGCCUGCUGAUUCCGCCUUGCCUGAUAGCAAACUCAAGCUGUCAAGGUGCCAAAUGCCGUGUGCCUGGUCAUUCCUUGGAAUUUGAUGCAGCCCGUGCCUUUCCAGAGCCUGGAUGGACAGCCCAAAACGGCAAUAAAGCUUCUGCAAAGUGCCAACUCCAUACAAGUCAAGAAUUUAUAUCUAAAGGACUGCAGCAUUUGUUCAGGGGGGCUAAUAUAUUUCGAAUUCCUCAUAGCAUGGGAGCUGCUCAUGGAAAAAAGGUAUGA